AUGGCCCAGCAGGAAGCAUUUUGGGCAGACGAUGAGAUCCGCCUCCAUAUGCAUGCACAAGUGAGACUCCACCGUGAAAGCAGCCUGAAGAAGGGGUUUAAGCCCGCUGAUGUGCAGGCGUUGGGUUUCCGUGAGGCACUCAUUUGCAGGGAACAGAGGAUCUUUUACACCACUGACCUUUGUGGGGCCCUUUCAAUUGCCUUUUUACGGUCCAUGUUGAUUGGAACCCAACUGCCCACCAAUGCAGAUGAGGCAGCACAGAUCCAUUGCCUCCUGCGGCAGCAGUUUCACGCCAUCAUUCAGCAGUGCCAAGUGACCGACAGACCCUGGAUCUGGGGUGCAGGGGACACUGGCCAUGUAGCCUUGACUCCAGCGACGUUUGAUGCCAUCUCCAUUGAUCGCGAAGCUCGCAUUGAUUUGAUCAACCAAAAUGGCACCAUGAUGGCAGAUGACGAAAUCAGGUUUCACAUCCGGCAGCUGGUGCAACACCAGCCUUCACGCCCGGGUCUUCUCGGAUCAUUUGUUUUCCUUGAGCCACUGGUCUUCAUGUGUUGGGACACAAUUGGGCAUGUGAUUGCUGUAUCAGACCAGAAACUUGCGGGGAUCCUUCAAGCCAUCGCAACACGAUUGGGUUUUCGUAGCAUUGCUCUGCAUCGUAUCCCCAAGCACAUUAAGGAUGACACCAAAUGUGGAGCGUAUGCCAUGGCCUUCUUGGCCCAUGUUAUCACCAGGAUGCCGCUGCCCACUGAGGCACAUGAACUUCAGCAACGCCGGGUUAAUGCCAUUGCUCCACGAGGGCAUGCCAUGGGUGAUGAUGAGAUCAUGUUUCACCUUGACCACCUGUUGCGGCUGUAUCACCUCCAGCCUAGAACUCCUAUCCCUGCGGAUGACCAAGCCUUGCGUGACCGCAAGAAUUUUGCUCCUUCGGACAGCCCGCUGAACGGAUUCAUUGGGGUUUUGGCCCCGCAGGCGGUUGUGCGGGGUGAACAACCGGUUCAAGUCCAUCUUGAGCCAGUCGAAUGCGCCCUGCCGUUGCCAGCUACCUGCUGGCAGGAACUCCCAGCUCUGACGAUUCCUGCAGGCGCAGUACGCUGGUAUGGUGAUAAAAUGGUCCGGCUCCUGCUCAGUUGGCUGUGGCAAAGCGUUUGGGGCGUUUCACAUCCUUUACGUUGGGUUUCACAUUUUCAGCUUUACAUUGAUUUCAUGUGCAGCACCGGCCACCCUGGCCCGGUGCAUGUGAAGCGCUGGCGCGAUGGAGCUGAUGUGCAGAACCUCAGCCUGCAGGGAUAUAGCUUUAGGCAGCGAACCCGCUGGUUUACAAAGAUGUUGAAAGAGUCCCUCAAGCACAUGGGAGUUUCACUGCACAUGGGGUAUGGCAGACCAUACUCGCAAGCCAUCAUGAUGCAUACGGGGGUUUUGGCGGUCCCGUGGGACCCGCAGAGAAUCUACAUGGUGGACAAGUGGAUGAUGGCCGUGGCUAAUCAGACCUUUAAGCGACAGUCUGCUGCGAUCGAUGCUUUGCCGUAUGCUCCGCGAAGGCCCAAGAUGACUGACAUUUUCCAGCCGCGGCAAGCCGAGACUGUGGACAUCUGUGGCCCAUGUCCCGUGCUAAAGGACCAAGCUGUGUGUGGCCUUCCCAGCGCCUCCAAGGACCCAGGGGAGCCAUGCUGCAAGGUAACGAAGGAUGUGAAUUGCGAGGGCGACCAGGUGCGAUUGCUGAUGAUUUUCCGGCUUGAAACCACUACUGUAGGCCUUUUGAACGAUUGCAGACACAUUCAAGAUUUCACCAACAUCCAGACUGGUUGA